AAUUGAAAUAAAAGCCGAAAAAAGUAACGCACGACAAUUUUCUCUUUCAAUACGAUAACUUUUUUGCCUCCAAAACAUAAACAAACAUGGGAGUGACAGUGUUGCAGAUUUUCCCGGACGAGUCCCGCUCCGGCUACCAGGAGACGGAGAAGCUGCACAAGAGAAUCAUGCACUUGGACGCAGUGCAGAGCGGGAUGUUCAUCGUCGACUGUGACUCCUACUACACCACGGCACAGAAUGGAGCGGGUCAACACCGGAGGCUACACAUCGUGCACAACUCGGAAACGCCGGCGACAACCUACGCCAUUAUUGACACCGGAACUAAGCAGGUGACGCUCUCGGCGGAUUUUGCCGCUUCGACUUAUGCCGGCCGCGGUUUCGACCAAUUGUUACUUUUCCCAUUUGAGUUAUUGCAGAGCAUCGCAAUCUCAGACAGAGCACAAUGCGCCCUCGGGAACAGCAUGCAUUACGGUUGCAUCGUGGGCAUUAUGCUCGUUGAGUACCUGCCAUGCGCUGUCCCUGCUCUCUGCUGGACGCUUAUGAGAGAAUUCAUGCAAAGCUUCAUGGGGUCAUGCGUUAACCCGCAGGCUCCGCCGUAUAUUCAGAACCGCUUCCACGACAUCCACGCGGCGCAGGACACCGUUCAGCAGUACGUGGAAAAGUUCAACGAGUUCAGAGACGGCAGCACGUACUCGGGGUCACAGGCCAACGCUCCGAACUCGUAA